GUACAUGUCACUACCAGCAUAAAGGCAGCCAAGUUGUUCAGGUCUAGCUAUAAAAUCGCGAAGCUAUUGCAACAAAUAAUAUUUUUGCCCUGAAAACGCAAAAAAUAAUUUGCACCGCAACAUACAAACUUUUUUAACUGAAUUGCAUGGUUACAAUUAUGAAGAGUCACUGUCUUUGUGCUGUGCGUCAUGCGCACUCUGUCGCCUCGCUUUGGGUAUGUUUGGUCAGUUUGUGGCAGCGCUGUGUGAGGGAGAGGAGGAGAGGAGGCAGGAGAUGACUGCCACAGCCCUCACUUCUCCACUGAACCCCCAUGAAUGUGGAGGGAGAGGGACUGCCUGCGAACAGAUCGGCUGCGCAAUGGACUGAUGUGGACUCGUGGUUCGGCGCUUUUUGAAAGAACCAUGCGGACGUAGGGAAGUUUGAGCACUUGCGCGCAGUACAGACUCUUUAGUUAUAGUGAUAGAAAGCCUGCUAUGGAGCACGUCGUGACUCAAAAUGAGUUUGAGCACUGACGAUGUAACAAACUUGUGGAAAAAUGGUUCCUCGGACCUCGAGUGGGACUCUGUGCAGUUCAACUCCACCAACAGCUCCAGGACGAACCACACCGAGUUCAGCGAGCUGGACCUCACCCGCGCCGCCCUGCUCGGCUUGGUGCUGGGGGCUUUCAUCGUGUUUGCCAUCGUGGGCAACAUCCUCGUCAUUCUGUCCGUGGUGUGCAACAGGCACCUGCGGACCCCCACCAACUACUUCAUCCUUAACCUGGCCAUGGCCGACCUGCUGCUGGGCACCACGGUGCUGCCGGUUUCUGCCACCCUGGAGAUCCUGGACUACUGGGUGUUCGGCCGGAUCUUCUGUGACAUCUGGGCUGCGCUGGACGUGCUGUGCUGUACGGCGUCCAUCAUGAGCCUGUGCGUAAUAUCCAUCGACCGCUACAUCGGAGUGAGCUACCCGCUGCAGUACCCGGGUAUUGUGACGGAGAAGCGGGCUCUGCUGGCCAUGCUCGGGGUCUGGGUGCUCUCGGUGGUCAUCUCCAUCGGACCGCUGUUCGGCUGGAAGCAGCCGCCGGCGCCGGACGACACGGUGUGCCUCAUCACAGAGGAGCCGUUUUACGCGCUCUUCUCCUCUCUCGGCUCCUUCUACAUCCCGCUCGCCGUCAUCCUGGCCAUGUACUGCCGCGUUUACAUCGUGGCCAAGAGGACCACGAAGAACCUGGAGGCGGGCGUGAUGCGGGAGAGGAUGAACACCAGCGAGCUGACCCUCAGGAUCCACAAGGGCUCUCAGGUGCACGAGGACCCCGGCGCACCGGGCACCGGAAAAGGCCGUGCGCACCAGGCCAGGAGCUCCCUCACUGUGAAGCUCCUGAAAUUUUCCCGGGAGAAGAAGGCAGCUAAAACUUUGGGAGUUGUGGUCGGAAUGUUCGUCCUAUGUUGGCUGCCUUUCUUUCUGGCCCUGCCUAUAGGGUCCUUUAAUGUGCAUCUGCGGCCACCUGAGACCCUCUUCAAAGUCAUCUUCUGGCUGGGCUACUUCAACAGCUGCCUGAAUCCCAUUAUCUACCCCUGUUACAGCCGCGAGUUCAAGCUGGCCUUCAUCCGGAUCCUGAGGUGCCACUGCCAUCAGCAGAAACGCCCCGGCUGGAGAACCUACAACUACCGCUCCUCCACCUUCCGCUCCUCCGGAAACUCACGGAAGAGUUCGACGGAUCACACCUCCAGCUGGCUGAACGGGAGUCAGCGCACCCUGCCGUCCUCUGCCAGCCCCAGCCCCAGCUUCCUGAGCAAGGGCCUCCCUCCGUGCCCGGAGGGGGAAACAUUGUACAUUUGGGGAGCCACCACCUCAGCGCCCUCCACGCCCAACCUGCUGCCCGGCAGCCCCGCAGACUGCGAACAGGGAGGCGUGAGAGGGGACAGCAGAGAGGGGAAACGGGCAGAGGGGACCGCUGGGGGGGUGUUUUCUUUCUCCUUUGGGAACAUUAAAGACAAGCGAGGGCUCAACAGGGACAUCAUCAUGCCUGAUGAGAAGGUGUGACUGCAGGCAGCUUCUGAUUUACAGAUUAGCGGAGUACAGACUUUGUAGGUUUCACUGUACAUGGUUUGUGUUGCUUCAUCCGUUAGUGGCAUGUCUUCAGUGAUUGGUGUGAGGAGCUGAUCUGCUCAUUUACUUCAUUUCCGUGUUUGCAGUUGGUGAAAGGUUUCUCUCAGUGAGCAGUGACCACUAAGAUGUUCAAAUAUUCCCGUUUUUAUGCCCUGUUGGGAUCAAAAAGAGAACUGCAUGUUGUUUUAGAUGUACUUUGGAGAAACCCAAGCUAAAUCAUUUCGAACACUUUUAGCUUUGACUCGUCAUGUUUCCUGUAAAAAAAAAAGAAAGACUGAACCUGAUUUGUAAAAUCAAAGCAACCUCUUGUAAAACAAAGAGCGACCAGGCAUUUGACGACCUUUCUGUUGCAGUUGUCUGAUAUUGUGGUAUUUUGUGAAAAUAAAAUAUUGUAUGUAUUUUUCUGCUUUGCGCACAAUCUUCAAAUAUAUUGUGUGUGAUUGUAGAAAUGUGAUGGAAAAAAUAAAAUAUAAAAUUCCAA